UCAAAGGUAAACUGAACUUCAAAAGUGGUUGUAGAGUGAAAAAAAUGAUUUUCCUUUAUUUUAUUCUAUUCUGCACCUUCCUCGAUUCUUACAGGAAAUACGGGUCCUGUGCUGGAAACGACUAUUCCAAGCACCCCUGUAAAAGAAAAUGCGUAUCCGGAUUACCACCAAUGGUUUGCAAUUACGACUUCGAGAUCGAAAAUUACAACACAUUGAGUAAAGCUUGCUACGAUUGCCCCUUCAAUGUAACCGAUUGCUUCCUGGAGGACUGCGUAGCAGGAGAAGGAUCGAGAAGAGGAAUCAUUACCGUCAACAGGAAACUUCCCGGACCAGCCAUAGAGGUGUGCCAACACGAUACAAUUGUCGUAGAUGUCCACAACAAGAUGCUCAGCGAAUCCACAAUCAUGCACUGGCACGGAAUACACCAGAAAAAGUCUCCCUACAUGGAUGGAGCUCCUUUCCUCACUCAGUGCCCGUUUCUACCACGCGGCAGUUUCAGAUACACCUUCCCUGCUGAUAAUGUUGGCACACAUUUCUACCAUUCCCACAUAGGAAUGCAAAGAGUUGAUGGUAUGUUUGGUGCCAUUAUCGUGAGAGCAACAGAAGAAAACAACCCGCACAGUGACCUGUACGAUUUCGAUUUAUCCGAGCACGUUAUGGUGGUAACCGAUUGGACACCAGAGAUGGGAUUGCAGAAGUUCCUUGGUCACAUGCACGACUCUGGCACAAACAAAGCUCCAUCGAUUAUUGUAAACGGAUUGGGAAGAUACGUUGAAUUCAAAGACGAUGACGGGAAGCCCGUUUAUGUACCCACAGCUAGGUUCCACGUGGAACAGGGUUACCGUUACAGAUUUAGGGUUAUUAACGCUGGAUUCCUAAAUUGUCCGAUCGAAAUGUCCAUCGAUGGUCACAAUAUAAGCAUCAUAAGCGGCGAUGGGCACGAUAUUAAGGCAACACCAGUGACAUCUUUCGAUAUAUUCGCCGGAGAGCGGUUCGAUUUCAUCUUGCACGCCAAUCAAUCGGUCGAUCUCUACUGGAUGAAAUUCAAAGGAUCUUUGGAUUGCGGUGCAACAACUACCAGAGCUUUCCAAACGGCUGUUUUGCAAUACCACAGCGAUCAGUUUACUGAUUUCGAUUAUCCCGCUGGCGAAGUCGAUUUCGACAAUGCUGGACCCAAAGGAGGAAUUGAACUCGACACCGUUAACGUUGGUACCGAAACCAAAAAUAAGAAUAUCAUAGUGCUACCGGAAUUGGAGUCUGUGGAUGAUUGGGACGAAAGUUUGAAGGAGAAACCGGACUACCAAUUCUACAUCUCGUACGAUUUCUACAAAGUCAGUCACUCGGACUAUUACAGAAUUCCUUACUACGGAUUCGACAACAUAACGAAUCCCAAAGAGAAAAUUCUAACGCCGCAAUUCAACCACAUCAGCAUGGAAGUCCCUUCGAAGGCUUUGUUAUCGCAAAGGGACGAAAUCGACGAGAGCACGUUCUGCAACAACGACACCAUGGCCGAUAAGAAUUGCAAAGAAGACUUCUGCUACUGUCCUCACGUCAUCAAAGUACCUGUUGGUGCUGUCGUGGAGUUGGUAUUCAUCGACGAAGGUCUCGCGUACAACGCUAACCACCCGAUCCAUUUGCACGGUUACGCGUUCCGCGUGGUCGCCAUGGAAAGAUUAGGAAACUCCACCACCAUCGAUGAAGUUAGAGCCAGGGAUGAGAAGGGUUUGAUAAAGAGGAAUCUGAAAAACGCCCCGUUGAAGGAUACCGUUUCUGUGCCGGACGGUGGAUACGUUAUAGGCAGAUUGAAGGCCGACAAUCCAGGAUAUUGGUUCUUGCAUUGCCAUUUGGAAGUACACGCUGAAAUCGGUAUGGCUAUGGUUUUCCAAGUAGGAGAAAAGGAUGACAUGUUGCCAGUUCCUGAAGGUUUCCCCAAAUGCGGCGACUACGAACCCAAAAAACAAUAAGAACCCACAAUAUUUCGAUCUAAUCUCUAAAAUCUGCUUAAAUAUGAAUAAAU